AGACUGGAGUGGCAGGAGAGAGAGAGAAAGAGAGAGCCGAAUAGCAGGAGAGAGAGAGGGAGAGAGUAAUAGAAAGAAAAGAGAGAGAGAGAGAGAGAGAGAGAGAGAGAGACAGAGAGAGGCGCAGCUGCUGUUCUCGCCGCCGCCCGGGCGCUUCGGUCUCCGCGCUGCUCCCGCCGUCGCCACUGGAUGGAAGAAGCGGCCUCCGCUCGCCCCUUCCCCAGCCGGUUCGCCGCCUUGCCCCCUUCUCGCGAGUAAGCCCCGGAGAGCGAGGAGGAAGCACGUGGAUUGCUAAAAGAAAAAAAAAAAAGGGGGGGGGGCUCCAGAAGGAGAAGAAGGAACUGCCACCGCCGCUGCAACCGGGACCGGGCGCCAGCUGUCCCCGCUGCCUGACUUCGGGGACCCCUCCCCGCUCUCCCCAGAUCGCCGGGGCGGGAGGGAGCGAGAAGGCGGGACCCCCAGCGCCGGCCGCCAACGCUCCCCAAUGCCAGCGCGAGCGCAGAGCCGGACAGAGCGAUGGGGAAACUUCACUCCAAGCACGCUGCUGCUUGCAAACCUCGAGAGAACCCCGAAGGUGACAGCUUCGCCGUGAACGCCUCGCUGGCGCGGAAAGGGCUGGAGGAAUGGCCGGUGAACCCCAAAGGCGACGGGGACGGCGGCUUGAGGGUCCCGCUUGAGGGCUGCCCCCACCGGGCGCUUGGCAAGGGCUCCGGCCCCAGGGAGGCAGUUGGUGAAAUUUUCAGAGAAGUCCUUGAGAACGAACAUUUUCAUCUUGAAGUUGCUCUGCCUCCAGAAAAGACAGAUGGAGCUUGCAGCGGUGAUGAAAAGAAAGCCGAAAAGGAAACUGAUGUCCGCACAAAUGCCAAGAAGCAGCUAAAAUUUGAGGAAUUGCAGUGUGAUGUGUCUGUUGAGGAAGACAACAGGCAAGAAUGGACCUUCACCCUCUAUGAUUUUGACAACAAUGGCAGAGUCACCCGUGAGGAUAUUACAAGCCUGCUUCAUACCAUCUAUGAAGUUGUGGAUGCUUCUGUAAAUCAUUCACCCACCUCUAGUAAAACGUUGAGGGUUAAGCUCACUGUUGCUCCAGAUGGGAGCCAGAAGAAGAGAAGCAUCAUGCUGAAUCACGCUGAUCUUCAAAGCUCAAGGCAUCGAGUAGAGAGCAAAGCUGGGGAAGAAGCAAGAAGUUGUGACAAGAAGCCAAGGGGUUCCCUCAGGUACCAUCAUGGCGAAUCUAAGCCUGAACCGAACGGGUGCUACCAUCACUGCGUUGAUGAAAACAUUGAAAGGCGGAACCACUAUUUAGAUCUUGCAGGAAUAGAAAACUACACCUCGAAGUUUGGGCCAGGCUCUCCACCGAUAGUUCAGAAGCACAAUCCAACCAUUCGGGUUGCCAAUCAAACAAGAUCCCGUUCACAUGAGCCCGAGGUCUUCCACGCACACCAGCGGAGGUCACCUGUGGUAGACCCUGUCCAGAUCAACCUAAUGGAAGCUUCAUACGCAAAGCUGGCAGAAAUUCAGCAGAGGCUGCGGAGUCAAGAGGCCAGCAGACAUUUUGUGAAGUCUCCCAAGACUCAGAGCAAAAAUACUGCUUCUGUACACACCGGGAGGGCUAUGAGAAGUAAACCCAUCCAAGGAGCGCCAAUUCCCAUGGCUUCUCCUACCCCGCGGAUAGGUCAGAACUUACCUUACCACCCCAUGCAGUCUCAGCAGACUUACAAGAAACAUAAGCAGAGGGCCAAAGAGACCCAUCAGUUGUGCAAAAGUUUCCAAGCUCCUGGGACCGUUGUGGAAAAAGAGCACGUUAGAGAUCUCCCUGCGGUCAUCUUAUACGAAGGUCAAGUUGGGCAGAUGAUCCAGAGACAUGAGCACCACCACCAUCACGAGCACCAUCACCAUUAUCAUCACUUCUACCAGACAUGAAAUGGAUCUCUCUCUCUCUCUCUCUCUCUCUUCCCCCCCCCCAGCUCUUGGGGAGCUCUCCCACAUGAAGGAAGCGUGUUGUGGCCUCUUGGGGAAAGAUCGGUGUUGUCCUUAUUCAUGUUAGUAUGGUUGCUAUCAUAAUUAAUAUUCUGCUAAAACUAUUUUAGAACUUGUAUGAAAAACACUAAAAAAAUAAGGGUGAUAAUAAUAAUAACCUAAUAUUAUUUAUAUUAUGUGGAACUGUAUCACUUAACUUUAAUAACUUGUGGCUUUUAUUAUUUUUGGAAGAAUUGGCUUGUUCAACACACACACACACACACACAGAGAUAAGAAAACAGCCAUAGUUAUCCUUAUGGGAAUCUUCACAGAAACUUUUUCAUGUAUUCAGAGAAGACAUGAAAGGGUGUGUGGAACUAGUCCGCUCCCAGAAGUGUACAUCACAAAUGUCCUCAGAAGUUUGUGAGAAGUUCUCCAUGGUCAUGUGUGAAGAUCUCUUAUGUUCAAGGAGAAUUUCAUGGUGCCUCCUUGAGUGUAGAUGUUCUCUAAGCAAAACACUGGAGAACUUUUGACUGAUGGACAUUAAGAGGUAGGUGGGAUUCUGAUGGUGGGAAUGGGUAGUUGAACAUAACACAUUGGUUCGUACAAAGCCCCCUGUGAUGAGCUGUGUUUAAAACCAGUUUCCUAAGGGAGGCCACUGAAGCAAGCUUUCCUUUGUGAUAUUGGAAAAGAGACUUUGAACAAAUGGUUAGACACCUAGUUUAUUGCGCAGGUUGGCUCACGUCAUGCAAUUCUUUUUCAUGUCAGCAUGGGAAGCAAUUCUGGAUUUCAGAAAUACAAAAAUAGUUGCUACCUCUUGGGUAAUUCAAAACUUCUUAUUUGACUGAAUGUGCUGCCAGAAAGGAAGGGGUGAUGGAACCAGGGAAGGAUUUUUUUUUACUUGAUUGCAUUCAUGUAGCCUGCUACUAUUUUACUACUCAUCACUCAAUACUAGUGAUGAGGAAAGGGUUCAUGUUGCUCAUCAACAAAGCUAUAAUGUCCAAACUUUUAUUAUUUCCAUUUAUUUUUUAAUGGGCACCUUUAUAAGUUAGGUCAUUUUCAAACUUAUUUAAACCAUGAGAACAAAUGUACUCUGUUAUUGUUAGAUUAGAACAGGGGUCUUCAAACUUGGCCCUUUUAUGACUGGUGGACUUCAGCUCCCAGAAUUCCUCAGCCAGGCAUGCUGGCUGAGGAAUUCUGGAAGUUGAAGUCCACAAGUCAUAAAAGGGCUAAGUUUGGAGACCCCUUGAUUAGAAGGUCUGUGGGAAUUUGCGGUGUUCAGGGAACAGAAAAGCAUGGUCAAUCUUGAAUUGAUGCAGGAGACCAUCUCUGCUGCUUGUUACUACUCCUAAUAAUAGCUGGGGGUUUCUGGCAUCUUGCGGUAUCUAUGGUUAGAAGAGCAUGUAUGUAGCUCAGGACUGAAGUGUGGAGUCCUUGGUGGUCUCUGAACUCAUACAUCACCAAGGAUUUCAUUGUUCUUAUGAACACCUUUUUAGGUGUUGCUUUGAGAUGACAUCAACAAGUGACUUGUGCUUAGUUUCCGAUAACUUCUGCUGGUCUUUUCAAGGCUCCUCUGACCACCAUAUUCUCCGAUGAGACUCUGAAGAUCAGGGUCAGAAUGACCAGGGGACUUUCUUGAGGUUUGUUAUAAAGACCAGGAGUGUCUUAUAAUCAACCAUGACCAUGUUCACAAGUGUUGUGUCUUAGGGCAUAAUCCAGCAGACCAUGACUUAGGAUUCUUCUCCACCCAGCUGCUUUUCUAUGUUCUACGGUUCUUGUUCCAUAUGUGAGAUGGAAGUAAGGCUGUAUGAAAAAGAGCCUACUCUACAUUGCUUUCUCCUAACUACUCUUGGGAGACCAUAAGGCUCCAUCUCUUUAGAGAGAGAAAUCCAAAGGCAGAGCCACCAUCACCUGUAAACACCCUGUCCUCCCGUCAUAAAUUAGUGGCUGAGCAGGAGCAGAGUAGCUGAAAAGGAAAUGGUGUUAAGUCUGGUCCUCAAAUUACACAAGGGCUUUUUUGUUUUAUUUUGAGUUUUACAAGACAGGGAAGGGGGGGCUCUGGAUUCACCUCUUCUUCCUCCCCCCCCCCCUCAUUUUCUCUGGCUAUAAUCUUGAU